AUGCUGAGCAAGUCACCGCUGCAGCAGCUGUUGCCGGCACUUGCUGCUGCUGCAUCUGCCCCCGAGGAGGAGGCAUCCAGUAGGCAGCUAGCAGCCGUCCUUGUCCGACGUUAUGCACACAGCAAAUUUAAAGACAUGAAGGGAAAUUCGGAUGAGAAGCAGCAGCUCGUAGAAUUGGUCAUGCGGAGCCUCGUAGAUGCGCUGUCAUCGGGGGGUCCCCUCACCGUGCGGAAAGCAGCAGCUGAGGCUAUAGGAGAGCUGUGGCAGCAUUUGCCCUCCACAGCAACCAUCAACCAGACAGCCCCUUUUGGUUUCAUCGUGAACUGGCUCGACGCUCAGCAGGCGCAGGGACAUUCAGCGGAGGAAGAAUGUCUUCUGUGGCUGCUGGUCGACCGACUGGCGGAUGUCGCGGAGCCUGAGGUGUAUGUUCAGCGCACCUCCCAACUCGUCCAGAAGUUGAACCUGACAUUCCAGCAGCUAGAUGUGAAGAAGUCGGCGGCUGGCGAGGAGGCCCUGCAGACACUGUUUGUUCGGACGGCUCGCUGGAGAGCGGAAGAGGCCGAAGCCAAAGAGACCAAGAAGACCGCAGUAGCUGCAUACUGUUCAUUGUGUCCAGUGGUCCUGCAAAUGAUUACCCGACAGCCCUGUCCAGAACUUUUGGCUCCUCUCGUCUCUCUUGCCGAGAGGGGCCCCCAGUUUUUCCGUGACCAGCACGCAGCGCUCCUGGGCACUGUCAAGACUAUUCUCGCCAACUCUGCCAGUGUACAGACUGAGGAAACAGGCCGGAUGGCACUGCAGUUGGCCGCCUCUGCCUUCCUUGGGGCCCCCAAGUUCUCAAGAAAGCAUAUGCCCCUCGUGGACGACUUGCUCAUGCUGUUGGCAGACGCAGCGGCGGCUUCUCCCAGCGACUGGGAAGACCUAGCAACAUGGGAAGCACAAGCGCGAGAGGAGGAAGCAGGGGAAGAAACAUUGCACAGUGUUGCCCUGCAGCUGAUGGCAGACAUCGCCUCCAUGCUGUGUAGUAGCAGCUCUUCGCAGGAUCCAGGAGCCGAUGCAGGGCCCGCGGAAGGAGGGGCCUCUUCAACCGGAGGCCUGCACGUCCUGGCGAAACUCAUGAACAUUUUUUCACUGUUAGUGGAACAAGAGGAUCCCCGCUACUCCUACACCGCCCUUGAAUUGCUGGCCCUUCUGCUGGACGAUGAAACCUGCAGACCUCUCCUAGGGCCUUACGUGGACAAACUGACGGCGACUUGCAUGGCGGCGUUGAAGGCUGUGGACGCCCGUCUGCGUUGGCAAGGCUUAAGGUGUUUGGGGUCGAUGAUGGAGAACGAAGAAAAGUGGACGCGGCAGGUGCAGCAACAGCACGGCGAGCAGCUCCUUUCCUUACUCUCUGAGAAGAGCGCAGAUGAUCUUUCUGUUCGCUGCCGGAGACAGGCGCUUUUGGCUCUUGCAUCCUUCCUCUCUGGGCUGGCACCCGAGGAAGGGGAGGAGCCUUCUCCCGAAACCCUUGCUUUCGUUGAACCCCAUUUGAAUGGGGUCUUAUCUAAGGCCGUUAUCGCCGGCUGUUCCAGCAAUGAUAUGCAGACCCAAGAAUUCGCACUGGCCCUCGCUUCUGCAUUGGCGAAGGCCUGCGGCUCUGCGUUCAUUCCCCACUACCCUCCAUUCGUAGCGGCACUGCGGAACCUUCUGGGAGGAGAUGACCCUGCAGGAAAGCAGAAAGUGCAGCAGCUGCUAGAAGAUCAUUCAGGGCGCUGUCUGCUUCAGGCUGCAGUCGAGUUUGCUGCCGACCUGGGAGCAGCCGUCGGCAAGGAUGUCUUGAGGCCGGUGUGGUGGCUGAUGAAGGACGCUCCAUGGCUAGUGGAGCGUCUCCACAGCCUACUUCUGGCAUGCGAAGCCGUCCCCGCCGCCUCAGCUGUCUUCAGCUCUAUUAUGGUUUGUCUAGCUGUUGCCGCUCCUGCAUGCGGCCCGGAGCUGCUCCAGCAGAUGCAACCGUUGAUGGAUAUUGUCCUCCGGAAAGCUCAAUUAAGCAUCCAGGGGCGGCGGCUGGAAAUUGUAGGACUUCGUGGGGUGAGCAGCAGUGGUACUCUAGUGCGUGCUCUUUGCAUGCAGAUGGGCGUCGCCCAAGAGGUUGGGGCGGCUUCGGGGUCGUUGAAUGCGGGUGCGGAGCUCUCGGAGGAGGGAGGUGUUUCGCAGUUCCGUGUUCAGGACAAAUCGGGCAAACAGACAAUCAUAUCGAUCAAUACA